AUCAAAACAGAGGAAGUAAAACCGAAACUGCAGCAGUUAAUGGCAAACAAGCAGGAGGACGGUGAAUCUGUGUGGGGCUCUCGAACUUAUAUUUACAAAGGCAAUAUUUUAGACACAGGGACUUCUAGUGUAUACAUUGCAGAAUAUAAUAGCUGCAUUGAUGCAAACUACUGAAAUGUUGCAGCUGCAGAGCUGAGAGACUUCUACUGUCGCUUGUUGGCUUCAAACACCCGACUGUCUACAGAUUACAAAAGCAGCCAUUAAAAGUUCAGGGAAGAAAGUGUGUGAACUGCGUCACAAGCUUGAAGAGUGUGGGCUGAACACAAGAUUGUUCUGUUUAGAACAAGGCUGCUGGAAACGUAGUUUACAAGAAUAUUUUUUGGUCGGUGGACACAAACCCCCAUUCCUGCAGAAUGAAGAUUUUCGUUAUUGUGCUGAUCUUACUGGUUGUUAAACGUACCGGAGGGAGUGUUGUGAAUAAAAUCACAGCGGCCCGCGGCAAUGACAUCUGGCUGGACUGCACGUUUGACGCUGCCAGGAUGAGGCAAGACAAGGCUGUAUGGUGGAGUCACUGUAAGAAUUCAGUCUGCACAGAUAUCCAGCACUUCAGGGAUGGCGUGGAUCAGCUACAGGACAUGGCAGCCUCCAGGAGGGGACGGGUUUACCCCGACAAAUUCAGAGACGGAAAUGCUUCCCUUUUCAUUGAGAACGUGCAGAUGUCUGAUGAGGGGCUUUAUGAACUUACUGUCAUAUUAACAGGCGGUCCUUACAAUAAAAUCUUUCUUUUAACCGUUCUAGCCUCUUCCGAACCCCCUGAGUUGACAGAAGCCCUGGACACUCGCUCCUUCACCUGCUCUUCUAGAAAUGGUUUCCCCCCUGCGCUGGUGACCUGGACCGGUGGCAGUGGGAAGAAUUACACUCCGGAUUCAGUCACGCAGCACACACUGAAUCCGGAGGGGCUGUAUGAUGUUGUGAGUAAAUUAACAAGGAGUUUAACUGAAGAGGAAACAAUCUGCUGUACAGUGUGGAACCAGCCUCUCCAAGAACACAAAACCAACUGCACACAAGUCACUCCAGAGUCCAGUGAUAAACUCAUUCCCAUUACUAUCACCCUGACUUCAGUCCUCCUCCUCCUCCUCCUCCUCCUCUUAGGAUUCGUCUACAUCUGGAAAGGUCAGAAUCUGACCAGAAAGCGGAAGAGGAUUUCUCAUUUCACAUACCACACAGUCACUGUUCUCAUUGGGAGACCACAGCAUGGAGUGCCAUCUGUGAUUAACUCCUGUGUGUUUGCCUACAAGGCUGAAGAACCUUUUGAGAACUGGGCCGGUGCUGACAAGAAACCCCCACAUUAUGCUCUUCCGGAGGAGGUGCCCCUAACAGAGCACAUCACCAUCACCAGAGCACUGCUCGAAAAGGAGGACCGGUUCUGGACCGAUGAAAGGGAGGCCUACCUGGACAAGUGGAGAAGGGAAGAACGGAGUCAUAGACACCCUUUUGUGUUUGUGCACAGUUGCACCGAGGAGCUGACUGCCACAACCAAAGAUGAAAUUCAAACACUGUUUGAGGAUAUUAGAAGUGUUACAGGCUCAUACCCCAUCACUGUGCUGACAAAAAAGAACUUGGGAAAUCCAGAUGAGCUGGUGCCUUUCUUCCGCAGUCUGGGGAGUAAUCAGGUCUUCACAUUUCACAACUACACCAUGCAGGAACACGAGAGAAGUGCGAAGAGGGACGAGGAGUUUUUGGAUUUCAUGAGUGCCUGUAUUGAUCAGGCUCAUUUGCCUGAAUCUGAGAAAACACCCUUUUUACAAGAUUGAAUGAUGUGCCCUUCACAGCCACUGUGGAGUCAUUCUACCAAGGACUACCUCACACCAUAGGAGCUGCUCUUGUACUACCAUUGCACCUUAAGAAUGUAAGAAAGUUUACAACCGAGGAGGCCAGUCGGUCCAUCUUGCUCAUUCGGUUGUUAGUAGCUUAGUGAACCCAG